AUCUACCCGUGGUCGAAUACCCCUACCUGAACCUGGAUACCGCCUUUUUCUCCUUGGCCUAAUAUUAAGCUUCACAUUUUUCAUAUCAUUCCUGGCAUUAUCUACAGGGUUCACUGCGCCAGGGGAAAGUUCUUCAAAAUGCCAGCCUUCUAGAUUUCAUCUCUAGGCGGGGUAGCUCUCGUAAAUCCAUGUUGAUAUCCAGCUCUAAUGUAACCUUCCCUAAGUGUACCACUACUAUGAGUCGUGUAUAGCACGCCAUAUGCAAGUCCAUUGAGGCGAGCCUCCAGCCUCAUUGGGUCUUUUGGAUGCAGUCCUGCGCGGCUAGCUAUUAUUCGGUUAUGAGCACCCCGGAGACCACCACCAUGCCAUGGAGAUAGCCUUAUUUAUGCAAACCAGCCUGCAAGGUUCCAGGCGAUGCAAUCAGAAAUCUACCUAGGUAGGGUAAGUAUCUAUGACGGGGUGCGGGGAACGUGCCAAGUCCUACACCAUGGACAUAUAUAAACACAUAAGAGAUAAGACAUGGCUUUCGAUUACCCCCAGGUUCUAUUAUAACGGGCAUACCUUUCUCAACCUCGUUCAUGAUGUUGCCAAUGGGCUUUCGUGCGGCCGUCGGCCUCUCCGUACUGGUCCCGUACGUUCGAGCCCAGUUUCCACCGACCCCUGAAGGCGUUACAGUACUCAAAUCUAAAUUUGGUGAUGGGGUUACGAUAAGUUAUAAGGAACCCGGCAUUUGCGAAACAACACCAGGGGUUAAGUCCUAUGCUGGGUACAUUUACCUUCCGCCAGGCUCACUUGAAGACCUAGGUGAGGUGCAGGAAUAUCCUAUCAACACAUUUUUCUGGUUCUUUGAAGCACGAAAUGACCCCGAGGAAGCCCCGUUAUCCAUAUGGCUCAACGGAGGCCCUGGCUCUAGCUCCUUAUACGGGCUCUUUACCGAAAAUGGCCCUUGCUAUGUCAACUCUGACUCUAACUCGACUACCUUGAGCGAGUGGGCAUGGAACACCGACGUCAACAUGCUGUUCAUUGACCAGCCGACUCAAGUAGGCUUAUCAUACGACACACUGCAAAAUAUUACUGAGAACUUGGUUACUGGAGAAACUACUAAGCUCGAUGAGACUGACCCGAUCCCCGAACAAAAUUCCACUCUCCUGGUUGGCACGUACCCAAGUCAGAACAGAAACCAAACUGCCAGAGGGAGUCGUAACGCAGCCAUUGCCUUCUGGCACUUCGCCCAGACUUGGUUUCAGGAGUUUCCGGGAUAUCAUCCUAAGGACUCGAGGGUGAGCAUUGCCACCGAGUCAUAUGGUGGCCGGUAUGGCCCAGAGUUCGCCGCCUUCUUUGAGGAGCAGAACCAGAAGAUUGAGAACGGCACGUGGAAUGAUGCUGAUGGCGAGAAUUACAUCAUUCAUCUCGAUACGCUUAUCCUCAUCAAUUCGUGCAUCGACCGCCAAAUACAAUGGCCUGCGUAUCCACACAUUGCGUUUAACAAUACAUACGGCAUUCAAACUGUCAACGAGACUGUCUAUUUGCAGAUGGUUGACGCGCUCGAGAGGCCUGGUGGUUGUCGUGACCAGAUAAACGACUGUAGAGUCCUGGCACUUGUGUAUGAUCCUGACAACAUUGGGAUUAACGAUACUGUGAAUAAGGUAUGUUCAAAUGCCGAAACAUUUUGCUCGACCAACGUCCGCGACCCUUAUCUCGACUAUUCGGGGCGUAACUACUACGACUACGCCUCGGUUGAUCCUAACCCGUUCCCGGCUUCGUUCUAUAAUCUCUACCUUAACCAACCUCACGUCCAGAGAGCGCUGGGGGUUCCCCUGAAUUUCACCCAGUCCUCAAGCGCCGUCUCUUACGCUUUCAGAUCAAUCGGUGACUACCCUCGGCCGGGCUGGGUUGAGGAUCUUGCUUUCCUACUCGAAAAUGGGAUAAAAGUGCACCUGAUGUAUGGUGACCGAGACUUCGCGUGUAAUUGGAUAGGUGGCGAGGCUGUCAGUCUGGCGGUAAACUAUACGAAUACCGAUAAGUUCCGCAGCGCUGGAUACACGGGUAUCGUUAUCAACGACACGUACAUCGGGGGACAGGUCCGGCAAUACGGUAAUUUCUCCUUCUCGCGAGUGUAUGAGGCAGGUCACGAAGUGCCAGCUUACCAACCCGAGACGGCAUAUAAGAUGUUCCACCGCGCGCUAUUCAACAAGGACAUCGCUACUGGUACCGUCGAUCUCGUUGAAACUGCCGAAUAUGCUACAGAUGGGCCGGCCGACACAUGGGCGAUCAAGAACGUGGACCCCCCGGACCAUGUGCACUUCUGUUACAUAUACGACACGUCCACGUGUACCGAGGAACAGAUUGAAAGUGUGCUUAAUGGCUCAGCUAUCAUCAUAAACGGUAUCAUCGAAGAUAAGAAUUCGACUAUACUCUUCCCUGAGAUUUUCGGCGGUGAAGGUAACAGUAGUAGCAACCAAGGUAAUCAUUCGUCUCCAGCUACGCCCUCUCCGUCCACGACAGCCACUGGAGGGGCCGUUUCCGAGACCGGCAGUAGUACCGCAGCCAGCACCGUUAAGAGUAGCGUCGGCGUACAGAGUUUUGGGUUCUGGGCAGUUGCUUCGGCAUUGGUGUAUACGGCCUUGGCUUGACUGUUAUGAGUAGUAGCAGAGCAAAGUCUUUCCACUGCACUUACGUAUGAAAUCUAAUGUAACUUUAAGAUAAAUAGGUCGUAACGAUCGUCCCUUAUGGGCUAACUACAAUGUCCUCGCUCGAGUUCUGUGCGCACAGACACUUAAUAAUACGGAAAGGUCCAAUUUGUUAGUUUCAUCUGUGCCAGGAGUCUCGCUUGAGGCUCCUUGGGAACAAGGGAGUUGUUUUAUAUAUAGCUUUGGCUUCAAAGCUAUUGUAAUUAGAGUUCCUCGCGGAGCAACAAAGUUGUUUCCCUG